AUGCCCAAAGACAAAGAACGCAGCUUAAACCCGGCGGCGGCGCAACGCAAACUCGACAAACAAAAAAGUCUCAAGAAAGGCAAAGCCGAAGCGCAAGCCCGACGAAACGAGAAACUAGCGCGUCGCAACCCCGAGCGCAUCCAACGACAAAUCAACGACCUCAAAGCAUUCGAAGAAUCCGGACAAAAGCUACGACCCCGCGAUCAGGAGCUUCUGGAAGCCCUGGAACGUGAUCUGCGCGCCGUGCAGAAGGCCAGAGAAGCGUUGGGCGAUAAGGCACCCAAAUUCGACAACUUUGAAUCUAGACGAGGCGGUCAGCACCGUGGGCGCGGGGAUGCUGCAGUCUUAGGCAAACGCAGGCGAGAUGGCGGCGACGGCAACCGGUUUAGGCACGAUGGUGAUGACGGGAGUAGUAGUAGCGACGAGACAGAUGAGGAGGUGAGAAGGAUACCCAUGCCGAGGGAUACGCCUCCGCCUAUCCCGCGACAGUUUCGGAAAGGAGGGCCAGGAGGAGAGGCUGCAGGUGGUGGUGGUCGGGGCCCGCACGCUCUUCCGGCGAAACCGCCCGUCGUCGAAGCGAAGACUGUGUACGAGGCCAAGCCGGAGAUCAGGAAUCUCCGACAAGAGGCGAUCAAUAAGUUCGUUCCUGCAGCUGUCAGGGUCAAACAGGAAGCUAUACGGGGACAAGGCAAGCUCUUGGAACCGGAGGAGAUGGAUCGGCUGGAGCAAGCAGGGUAUAAUGCCGGACCUGCAGAAGGCGAGGAGAAAGCUUCGUCGGCUGCUCCAGCUGCUGUUGAUGAGGACACUCAACGCAGACUGGAAGAGGAGGAGAGGCGGUUCAAUCAGGAGCUUCGGUCCGUGCAGAUUGAAGAAGUGGAGGACGAGGAAGCAUAA